CCCCGCCCCGGCUCCGCCCGCCAGCCCCGCACCGCGGAGCGGCCCCGGCGGGAGCGGCAGCGGGAGCGGCGGCCACCGGGAUGCGGCGGGGAGCGGGUCCGGGGCGGCGAUGGGCGCUGCUGUGGGCGCUGCUGUGGGCGCUGUGCUGCGCCGCGGCGGGCGGCGGCGGCGGGCGGAGAAGGGCCGCCAGCCUGGGCGAGAUGCUGCGGGAGGUGGAGGCGCUGAUGGAGGACACGCAGCACAAGCUGCGCAACGCGGUGCAGGAGAUGGAAGCUGAAGAGGAAGGGGCAAAAAAGCUGUCAGAAGUAAACUUUGAAAACUUACCUCCCAACUACCAUAACGAGUCCGACAAGGAAACCAGAAUUGGUAACAGAACUGUUCAGACUCAUCAAGAAAUUGAUAAGGUUACAGAUAAUAAAACUGGAUCAACAGUUUUUUCUGAAACAGUUAUUACUUCUAUAAGGGACGGAGAAAACAAAAGAAAUCAUGAGUGUAUCAUCGAUGAAGACUGUGAAACAGGGAAAUAUUGCCAGUUCUCCACCUUUGAAUACAAAUGUCAGCUCUGCAAAACCCAGCAUACACCCUGCUCCCGGGACGUUGAAUGCUGCGGAGACCAGCUCUGCGUUUGGGGCCAGUGCAGGAAAUCCACUUCAAAAGGAGAGAACGGCACCAUUUGUGAGAACCAACACGACUGCAACCCUGGAAUGUGCUGUGCUUUUCAGAAAGAGCUGCUGUUCCCUGUGUGCACACCCUUACCUGAGGAAGGUGAACCCUGCCAUGAUCCUUCCAACAGACUUCUCAACCUCAUCACCUGGGACCUGGAACCCGAUGGAGUGCUCGAGCAGUGCCCAUGUGCAAGUGGCUUGAUCUGCCAGCCUCAGAGCCACAGCCCUACAUCUGUGUGUGAACCGUCUGCCAAUGAAACCCGGAAUAACGAAAAAGAAGAUCCCUUAGUCAUGGAUGAGAUGCCAUUUCUCAGCUUAAUCCCCAGAGAUAUUCUUUCUGAUUAUGAAGAGAGCAGUGUCAUUCAGGAAGUGCGUAGGGAAUUAGAAAGUCUGGAGGAGCAAGCAGGUUUGAAGCCUGAGCCUGACUCAGCUCAGGACCUGGUUUUGGGAGAUGAAAUUUAAAGUCCAAGCACCAGGCAGUUUAGUUAGUCAUUUCUAGCAAUUUUUUGUCUAGUGUCUUGCUUAUAUAAACCCUAAACACACACUGCUGGAUAGAAGUGCAAUAAACAAGGUCUUCAACGAAAAUACUUCUCUGUGCACCAAACCUGCAUGUUCCAAUUGCUGUUGAAUUCAUUCAAUCCUUGGACCAAACCUGUCAAAUGAGAAGUGUUUCUUCUGGAUUAGUUUUUUCCCCGUGUACAUCAGAAAUAAACUUAUUAGUACUUAUACUCAUUAAAAAAUACACACGAACGUAAAUAAUUUUAAGUUAUUAGUAACUUCAGAAGUGACUUUUGAGUAUGAACCAUCUACUUUGAACUGCUGUAGUCAUUAAUUUUAGAGAAUUUUUAAUUUUUUUUCCUUUGGAAAAUAUGGUCAGUGAAGCUGCAACAUCCAGCUUGUGGGUGUCACAGUGCCACGGAGCACUCUGCACCACAGGAACAUUCCUUCCUGGGGGAAUGUUGUUUAAGGACCUGUUGGCUACAUUCCAUCAUCACCUGCCCUUUGUGAGACGCAGGGGCAGUGAACAUCAAUUCCUGACUUCAGUUUAGCAGUAAGACAACUGAAAUAGCUUCUUGCACUUAGAGACUUACACCCAGAGAAUAACCUCUGAGCAAUGGUUUAUGCUUUUAAUACACUUCAUAGGCAUAAAUUUCUGCGUGUCACAAGAUGUGCUUAUUGUGACCAUCUUUAACAGGUCACUGAUUUUAGAAAUCGAUGGCAAGCCAAGAGUAAAAUCCAAUCCACCAAACUCCCCAGCUGUCUCAUCAGUUUGCUUCAGUGGCUCUUCCACUAUUAAUGGUUUUCUGGGGUACAGAUUUCACCAUCUGUUAUUCCACAUGGGAAAACAUGACAUGAGGUUCCAGCCAAGUAACUUCAUGGCGCUGCUUCCCAAACAAUCCCUACUGCUUAUCUCUAAUUUGGAACAGCAGAACACCAACAGGAGCAGCUGCAAGACAGUGCUACCAGCCUGCACAUCUUUCACCACGUCUGCUCUAUGAAAGCUUCUCAAUAAAUUCCUUGGGUACUGGAAUUAAUGUUAAUAAUCAUAAUCAACACGAUAAUAUUUCAUCAGAACAGUCUGACUUUCAGUUUAAGGAUUCUACAACCAAUUCUCACACCAACACAUACACCCAGGCACCUGCUCUCAGAGUUCACCGAAUUCACCUCCUUUCUAUCCCCAAUAAAAAUACUGUACUUUAGAGACA